UGUUGGGGUUUGGUUGGGUUUCUCAGGCCAUAGCGUCAGUAAUGGACGAAACAGGGAAGCAAUCGGCGGUGAGUGUUUGAGUAAUACUUAGAAUCGGAGAUGAUGGAUGGCAUUUCAUGGUGGUCGGCGAAGGCUAUGUCGUUCAAGUUAAGCCGGAAAUCGGAAGCCACUUCCAUUCUCAAAGCUUCGAUUUCCUCCAAGCUCCCGGACUUCCUCUCUGAUUACUCCGACGACGUUCUCGCCGAAUACAUAACGGUUCUUGUUUGCAACGGGAAGAGUCAAUAUCAGGCAAGGGAUGAUUUGGACGCAUUUCUUGGCGAGAGGGCUGCCGAUUUCGUAUCUUGGUUAUGGGAUUUUCUCUUGAAUCAUGCUCGUCAAUCCAAUGCAGACUUUGUUGCUUUAUCAGAUCCGCUAGAUGUCGCUGCUCAUCCGUCCACGACCAAAAACGAAGGUGGCUCCAAUGCUGGACAUGAAAGCAUUCAGUGUAGCAAUAAAUCUAACAAGAAGGUUGUCAAUCAUGGCUCCAGUUGGUUACCUAACGAACGAGAAAAAAUUCCCUCUAGCCAUUUAGAAUCCUCCCCAUCAGAAUAUGCUCAUCACAGACAUAUUUCUGUCUCUAAUAUGACUGGAACUGGCCUUUGGGCACGACCCACAGGUGUGGUCUCCCACUCCCAACACAGUGGAAGGCCGCGUGGUAGUGUUUGGGAUAGACUGGGCAAGCCAUGUGAUGGCACACCUGAAGGGAGCAAGACUGUUGAUGUGAGUGGUGUUGGUCUUAUGAAGCAAGAUGAGCAAGUAAUUACUCAGCGACCAUCAGUGCUUCCUGUGCCAAAUGGUGAACGUAGUAGGACUGUGACAGGGGAAGUUCUUGGGAUUGGUAACAACAACCUUGCUGAGAGUAGAAAGUUCGAUCAUGUCUUGGGUACAAUUUGUGAACCCCAUGCUGUGAGUAACAUCGGUCGAAAGAGACACUUUGGUGAAGUUGGUGCUGGCCUUGGUUCUGGUCCAGUUCCUUUGGUGGUUGAGAGAAAUGUGGGCCUUCCAUGCAAAGAAAAUUCUCAGAAUUUCAAGAAAUCCAACUUGACCAAGGAUUCCAAAACUACUACUCCAAAUCUGGCUUCGGAAGUUUUAGAUGUGAAACAAAGACUGCAUCAAAUUGAGAUGGAAAUGUCUACGCUGCGAUCAAGACAGGUGAAGAUUGAAAAAGAUGGAAAGCCCAACUUAUUGUUGAAUUCUAGUCCAUUGAAGCUUCCAGAAGAAGAUAGUGAAUCAAGAACUGUGCUUGUGACAAAUGUACAUUUUGCAGGAGCCAAUAAAAAAGCGUUAUCAUUGUACUUUGCCAAAUGUGGGGCAGUGGUCAAUGUGGUGACUUUGACUGACAACUCAACUGCACAGCAAAGAGGGUCUGCUUAUGUUAUAUUUGCCAGUAAGGAAUCUGUUAACAAAGCAUUGGAAUUGAGUGGAGCUCAAUUUUUUUCAAGGCCCAUAAAGGUGGUAAGGAAGGCAGCACUAGCUGGUGCAACAUUAGGACCAAGCCAGCUUGCUGGGAGUCCAUGCGAAGCACCUUUGACUCACAACAAUAGAAAUUUUACACCCAACAAACUACAAUGGCGAAGGGCAUCCACCUCUGAUCCAUCAGAACCAUCAGUGCCAUCAACUGUUAAAGUGAAUGUGGCUGCAUCUUCUGCAACCCAACAACAGCUUCCUAGUUCACCUGCACCACUUGGAACCAGAGAAGUGAAUUCUUUGUCUGGAGAGCACCCUGUCACUUUCUAAUUUUUUAGAUAAUCACAUUUACUAAUUGGUUGCAAAGCCUUGACUCUUUUUUUGGUGGGGAGGAUUGGGGGGAAGAAACCUCGUCAAUGGGGGAGGGAUGCUAUUGAUCUUAGUAGAUGUUGCCCAUAAUGUGGUGGUAGUAGGAUGUAUGGAGUUUGAUCAGCAGUAGCUUGAUUUGAAAAAUCUACUUAUCCUUUGAAAUUAUUAGAUUAAUGAAUCAGGAUGCAAAAUUCUUUUC